CGUACUCGCACGUCCUUCAGAUCUGAAGCCGAGGCCAGGAUGAAGUGAGUGAUGAACGUGCCUGUGCCGACGUAUGGAAGUGCUAAAAGCCGUUGAGCUGCAUAACACAUUACGAUUCAAUCUUCGAGAUUGAAGCCAAGAUCCUAUUACCAGCAAUCUCGCUAGUCUAUCAGAACCUCUACUCGCCGAAUCUCAAAUUCCUCCCGUGCUCCCUCGUCCACCAUGUCGACAACCCGGGCUACUUUCUCGGUAGUAGCCUCCAGAUUCGCGAACAGCACUGCCUCAUCUACAAUAUUCACAACACCAAGGCAUACUAGCUCAAGAUAUAUCAAUAACGUCGCUUCAUCGACGUCCUUCCCACGCAUUAGACUACAGCAUCGUACUAUAGCAACUUCCUCAACUUCUAAACCGAAGAGAGACCCACUGCCAUUGGGGGGGAUUACCGUCGUCAGCCUUGAACAUGCUAUCGCCGCGCCAUUCUGCACCCGUCAGCUGGCGGACAUGGGUGCUCGAGUCAUCAAAAUCGAGCGGCCUGGAGUUGGCGAUUUCGCCAGGGCCUACGACACUCGCGUCAAUGGAAUGGCCUCGCACUUUGUCUGGGCAAAUCGCUCAAAAGAGAGUCUAGCCUUAGACCUCAAGAAACCCAAAGACUUUGAGGUACUGAAGAGACUUCUUGCCAAGUCAGACGUCUUGGUCCAGAACUUGGCACCUGGCGCCACAGAAAGGCUAGGCCUCGGAUACCACACCCUGAAAGAUACCCAUCCAUCUCUGAUCGUCUGUGAUAUCUCAGGAUACGGAUCAGAUGGGCCCUAUAGAGACAAGAAAGCGUACGACCUCCUCGUGCAAAGCGAAGCAGGCUUUCUCUCCGUCACGGGGAACGGUCCGGACCCAGCGAAAGCAGGAAUCUCGAUUGCUGACAUCUCUGCCGGCAUGUAUGCCUAUUCCAACAUCCUCGCCGCAGUAAUCAAGCGCGGCAAAACGGGCAAAGGCUCCCGGAUAGAUAUCUCAAUGCUCGAAAGCAUGGUCGAGUGGAUGAACUUCCCGCUCUACUAUACUUACAAUGGAGCUCCCAGUCUCGCUCGGUCUGGAGCGGCUCAUGCUUCCAUAUACCCCUACGGGCCCUUCGAGACAGGAGGCGGCGGCUCUGUCAUGCUCGGUGUGCAGAAUGAGAGAGAAUGGGCAAACCUUUGCAAAAUCGCUCUGGGCGAUGAAACGUUGACCAAAGACCCGCGAUUCGUGAGCAACACGCUUCGCGUAAAAAACCGAGAUGAAUUGAAGGAAAUCAUCUCCAAACAGUUUGCAAAGCUCUCGGCUGAAGAGGUCCUCCAAAAGCUGGAUUCCGCAUCUAUUGCUAACGCGAAUGUCAAUGACAUGCAGGGUGUAUGGGAACACCCACAGCUGCGAGCUAGAGGUAGGUGGACUGAUGUUGAGACACCAAGCGGCAGAAUUCCUGCUCUCAUCCCACCUGGCUUUGCUUCGGUGGCAGCGUCAAGAAUGGAUAGAGUGCCUGAGCUGGGCGAGCAUAACAACGCCAUUUUUAAAGAGCUCGGAGUUAAGUCCUGAUUGGCCUGAAGAAUUGCUCCAAAUACAUGUAUCAUUAACUUUACCUUCAUACCUAC